GAGGAGUAUAUCUCGAGUGAUCCCACCCCGGAGCGUUCAGAAGCAGCGCGCGACUUGAAGCGACAACAUCGGGUUACGGCGUGUAGAAUUCGGUUGGGACCGAAGGAGACGAAUUUUCGAAGAAUUUGUAUCGAGCGUGCAUUAAAAAAUAUAUAACGUGAGAAGAAGUUAAUACGAUUUAAAGUGUUCUAGUGGGUGAAAAUAUCUUUACGAAAAUGUCUCGAACUGCCCGGUUUUGUGUCGCUUGAAAAGCGUGCAAAUAACGGUAAAAAGAUCCAUCGCGAGAAGUGUGUAAAUUUUUCAGCCCCAGAUUCACUGUCGACGGUUAGCUUGCAGCUGUAUAUAUAUAUAUUUAUUUAUACGCACAUAUAAUAUUAAAGCGUAUACUACAAAGGAGGUAAAGAGAGCAAAGGAAAAAGAGAAUACAAGAGAAAAGCUUUCCGAGGGGGAAGAAGAAGAUAGAAACGAAGAUAAAAGAGAAAAAGAAUUUUCCCUUGGUUUUCUUGUUUGUGUACGUAAAUAUUUGAAGGUCGUAAGUCUAAGGAGUUUCGUUUUUGACUGUUGACAAAUAUUUACUCUCCUGAACUUCACAAGGAUUCCAUUGUCUGUCUCCCUCUCUCUCUCUCUCUCUCUCUCUCUCUCUCUUUAAUAUAGAGCAUACGUGACGCGUCAGUGAAAAGAGGCGCGAAAGGAUAAAAAGAAAAUUUGAAAAACUAUAGCUACACCGUACAGCCUAUAGCCAUUGGCUCUCAGACGCAUCGAGCCGUUGUCACGUGACUGUCUCGUGAAAACAUAACAAAGGGCAUAAAGGCUAUUAAUAGCAAGAACGCUCUUAUCGAUAAUAGAUACCGGAUACUCAAUAGACGAUACGUGAUAAGAUCGAUAGUGUUGAGAAUUGCAUAAUAUAACAGAGUGAACGAUUGAAGUGUAAUUAGCUGUAUCCGUCUGUGGCUUCAAGCGAGGAGAAAGCAAAUCGAGACAUUCAAAUCCGAGUGUAACGGACGAACCUUCCUACGAUAUCAGACGCUUCAGCCAUUUUGAAGUGUACCGAAAUCUAUUUGCAGCCGAUUUAACGUGAACGACGAACUUUUCAAUAUCGUAUUAUUCCAAGUUUCGUUCGACAGUCGUGCAUCGAAGAUACGAAAAUGGCGCCGUUCAACGGAUUAAAUGUGACACAGCUAACGAUGGAGUCGGUGGAUCGAGUCGCCGACGACGGAAUCGAGGGCAACUUGACACUUGUACAGGUAGUUUCCGAGGUGGUCCAGGAGUUCGAGACAAGAGAAAUGACGGAGGCUGAGUACGAACAAUUCUUGGCUGACGUUUGGGUCGGUGUGGUUUUGACUUUGAUGGUCUUAAGCUGUGUUUGCUGUAUGUGCUCCUGUCUUCUCUAUCACAAGUUUCAACAAUGGAAACGUCACGUACUCGAACAAAGAGCAGCCGCUGCCAGAGACAUGGACGGCCGUGGGGCAGACAAUGAGAGCUUACCGUCUUACACGUUGGUGUCGGGUUUACCCAGCUACGAGGAAGCACUGGAACAGUUGAAAAUGGUCCAGGCACUUCGUCGCGGCGAAUCCGGAUGCGAGAUCAAGCAAAUCGAAGCAGAGAGCCCAACGUCACAAGGCGCCACUUCCACCAUCGGACAGAAUCAGGCCAACCAAAUGUCGCGACUUUCUGUCGCUGAGUUUCUACAGCUUUACAAGAUGCAGCAGCAACAGCUGCCGCAGCAACACAAUCAGCAAAUCGCCAUAGCCAUUCAACAGGAGACUGCCAAGAUUUAAAUACAACUUUUACGUGCACGCGCGAUUACUUUACGCGAGACACGACGUAGGUUAAAUUCGCGUUCCUUCUGUCUGUCGACGAUCGAGGAAUUUUAUGGGACGAUCGACCCGCCAUCUACCGUCGUUACGGUGAACUCCGGCGUUACAUCGAGCUUCGAUCUCUGUCGAUAUCCUUAUAUUCCUAUGGAUAUAUACGUGUGUAUAUUCUGCGAUACGAGAUUGUAUACCGUUUGGUAAUAGCAAUUACGAGUUCAUAUGUACACGCGCCUAUAUAACGUAAAGUCGCGUUCUCAUGUCCGCGACGUUCUUUUCUUGGUCGUGCAUACUUCUGUCGCGAAUACGUAACGCAGCCAGUCUGAGUCGAUGCUAGUCCCAAUCAACGUUAACAGUCUUAUGUUCAAUAUGGGUAUGAUCUACUUUAUACUGGAUUCGUCGGGACACGUGGAUUUUUGUGAAAGUCCGUAAAUCUAUAUAACAUAUACAUAUAUGGAUACUUUUCAAACUGAUAACAGUAUCUCUGGCAGCAGAACUACGUUAGUCAAUAAAUGUUUGAUAAUUACAUUAAUUUCGGAGAAAAUCGUCAUAUAUCGAUACACUCGUUACUGCCUUCACUUAAAAAAAAAAAAAAAAA